AUGUCGUUUUUGGCUAGAAGUCUAUGUGCUGUGAAGCCUGGUGUUAAGGGUGUUUAUCUGUGCGGUGUAAUGAGAGGUGGCUCUGGUUUGAGCGUUUCGAUCCAAUGUCCGGCUGUUUCCGUGCGGUCCUACUCGCAAUUUGCCAGGACCACGAGAAUAAAGGCUGUGAUAGGCAGUAGGUGGUAUUCUAAGGGUCUUAAGAUGUGGCCAAGGCAGUUUGGUCGGUUUAACUCGACAACUAGUGGAGCUAGUGGAGCUAGUAGGAAUACGGGGGCUAGUAAAGUUACAGGGGCCGCGUCCGCGGCCGCGGCCUCGAAGAAAGUCCACCGGGCAGGUAACACGGAGGGACUCAGCACCGAGGAGAUCAAGUUGUCUCGGAAACUGAACUGGGAGCAGUUUCUCAGUCUUAGGUGGACACAGAGACGAAUUUCAAUUGGCAGCUCGGUGGUUGGCUCAAUGAUUGCCAUGGCAUUUGCAUGGAUGUAUGUUUCUUCGAAGGAGAUUGACCCCACGGAGACAAUCUUUGGGUUGGAUGCGUUCACUGUGUAUAUUGGAGGUAUCAUGUGUACGGGUGUUUUUGGCUAUUUACUUGGCCCUCCAUUACUUGGAGAUACCUUAUUUAACUUGACGCACAGAAGUAUUAUGAAACCUUAUAUGAUCAAGCAGAAGUUAUUUUUGAGACAUAUUGGUAAGAUGAGAGUGGAUGCUUCUAGGCAGAGUAUGAACAACCCUGUUCCAGAUUACUAUGGAGAGAAGAUUAGUUCGUUGAAGGAUUACAGGCAAUGGUUGAGGGAUUGCAAUGAGUAUAGGAGGAAGGCCAGUGAGUUUUUGUAG